CACUGUCACCUCUGUUUCAGAAAGACCUGGUCUGUAAACACUUGGCACCAUCAUGACGGAUCUGGAGAGGGCCAUGAACUCCCUCAUCAACGUCUACCACAAGUACUCCCUGGAGAAAGGAAACUACCAUGCCCUCUACGACAGUGACUUGAAGAAACUGCUGGAGGUGGAGUGUCCGGAUUAUGUGAAGAGAAAAAGUGCGGAUGCUUGGUUCAAAGAGUUGGAUAUCAAUAGUGAUAAAGCAAUUAACUUCGAGGAGUACCUCAUAUUUGUGAUAAAGAUCGGCGUGCUAGGCCAUAAGGAAUCCCACAAAGAUUAACAGCCACUGGGUCUUGGGCCUGGGCCCCUGGACAUAUUCCUGCAGGAGAAUAAAGUCAUUGAUAC